CAUAUCAAAGGACUUUCCCAUAGCCGAAAUAGGCACUGCAAACCGCACUGCUUGUCGAACCGACUUCACUCAUCUUCUUGCUGACCUUCAUAAGUGACAGAGAGGACCAAUUUGUGUUAUCGCCUGUCGCAUCUACACCUGAUUGUCACUACUACAGAACAAUUCAAGCCUCAUUCAGAGCUCCGGGCGCUUAAGCGCUCGCUCCCCACUAUGUCCUCUCCUAUCGUUGCCAAGCCUCGCAAUGGCUCUGUGAUGGCAGGGAACACCUUCCACGCCAUGGCUGACUCCAACCAGCCCCCAUCUCUUGCAGUUUCAGACGUCCACCAGGCACUCAUCGAUGAGUCGGCUGGAUUAGCGUUUCUCAGGGAUGCUGAAGUGACUGACGUUCUUUGUUACCACCGCGAUGGCACGGGGGGCCAUGAUUAUCUUAUGUUAAGCAUCCGGCUAGGCCAAGGCGCCAUUGUGCUGGCACGGGCUGAGAGGGUUCCGAGCACGCAAGAACGCGGGAUUAUCGGAAUCGUUCUGAAGGGCUCGGCGGCAUGGGAUAAUAUCAAGUUCUCAUAUUAUCCCUCCGCUAUUCGGGGCCCUGGAGAUAUCCCGAUCAUGAUGCUCCGUUGCCACAACGUCAAAUUCGUCCACUGCACCCAGUUGUUUAGCAUCAUCCAUGGUCACUCCCAGGAAUAUCAUGCGAAAAGUUUCAACUGCUGGUGGUUCGCUGCAGCAUUGGUGCUCUGCGUCAUUUAGACCAUAGGAAUGAUUGGUUCAAGUUUCCCAGCAAGGAUUGGAUUAAAGCCGCUGUAAGAAUCGUGGGCAGUGGUACGAAGGAAGUAACGAAGAAUGUGACGCGCGAGUUUCUCUCCCUGUGCAA